AUGGAUCUAUACCAGCUAGCCUGCAACCUUUCCCUUGUUUCUUUAGUGCUUCUGAAUGCAGGAAUUGUGAGUGUCGUGAACAUUGGUCCAUCUCAACUUGCCCUUUUGGAUGAAUCGGUUAUUGAACAUGCUGCUUUAUAUACCCUGUGUCAUCUUGGCCUGGCUAUCGCUUCUGUCGAAUCCGACAUUGCACUCAUCAAGCUGGUUCUUCGGCGCAAAUUUGUCCCCCCUGGUGUUCUCCUGGGCUCGCAGCUGUUACUUCCGUGGCAUCUCAAGUUAAAGCUCCUGUGCUGCUACAAGUCUACUCUGGUUGGACAGGUUCGUAACCUCAGGACCCUGUCAUCCAAGAUUUGGACAUUACUCUACGGCGACAGGUAUGCUUCAGAGACAUACUUCUUAAAGUGGUCGCAGCUUCAAAGCGCGGAGUUUGCUAGGCAGUGGUGCUCGAAGAAAAAAACUUUUGUGGUUGCGGCUCCUCCCACGUGCAAAGCUGGCAGUGCUUCUUCUGAACUGGUCAACCCUUUUGAUGUAAGCAUUUCUCAGAAUUCACUUGAGGUUCUGUCCCAGCCCCCGAAAUGCUCCCUGCCUGUGAAACCUACAAAGUUUGAUGUUGCAGCGCUCAUAAGUCAUGUUUCCACCAAAAUUACUGAUAGCACUGACAGAUUGGUGUUUACUGAACGCUGUCUCUCCCGCAUUCCCGCUUCCGCUUAUACUAACGGCCCAUCACCUCAUUUGAAGCAGAUCAGGAAUGUUAAGGAUGAACUUUUUUCCAUUGACGCCAUAUUGCUUCAAUGUGAUAAGUCUGGUAAAUUUGCUGUUUUGCCCAGUGCAAUAUACUUGAACAAGGUCAAUUCUGCUAUUGGUGAUCUUUUCACUCCGUUUCGUGGUUCGUUACAAAAGUACAAGUCCUCUAUUGUAAGCAUUUUCGCCAAGGCGAACCACCAAAUGUCCAAACUUGUUGUAAAAUGCAAGUGCUCUGAGCUAUCGGUCAAAUUCCUUUUAAAAGACCACAAACCGCAGAUGCCUCUUCGUGUCGUUGUGAGUGAAACUGGUACUUGGCAGAAACUCGUUGCAAAAUUUCUCCAACGCGGACUAAAAGUUCUACAGCUUCCUGGUUCUCUCUCGCUACGGAAUUCUGAGGAACUGAUCGAGAGCUUAGAGCCCUUCCACGGUGCUCUGGUAACUAUGUUUUCCCUUGAUAUAAAAGAUUUGUAUUACUCGCUGAACGUAAAGGUUCUACUCAGGACAGUCAAACAUUUUAUUGAAGAUCAGUUGGUUGUUUUUCAGUCUGAAGUUGGUCUUUCCUGUGAUGAUUUUCUCAGUAUUCUAGAGUGUUAUUUGAAAUCUACGGUUAUCUCUGUUGACAAUUGUUUGUUCGUUCAGAAAAAUGAUGUAUGCAUUGGAUCCGCGGUCGCUCCUGUCUUAUCAGAAAUUUAUCUAAAUACCUUGGACAUUGAGCUGAGCAAGCUUACGAGUUAUGGGAGUCAAAAGUGUGUUUUGAUUCGUCGGUUUGUUGAUGAUAUCAUUUGUUAUCUCUGA